CUUAGGCCCGUUUGAUUUAAAAAAAAGGAAAAAUGGGUUUUAAUCGUUGAACCGGGCCUUACGCUUGAACCCGUAAGAGGCGGGUUCAAGCCACGCGUCGGGCGGUGAGUGGCUUCUCCUUUCCGCGUCGAAGAGGAAGAAAGGAGGGGAUACGCGUGAACCAGUUCAUUUCUCUCAUCAGUGAAAAAAGCUAGGGUUUUUUCUCUCCGAGGCGAUAAUCGACGCCGUGGCUUCUCCGUCGUUAUUUCUCCAUCAAAUCGAAUCCGCUUUCUCUUCUCCACACUCUUAGGUCAGUAUUGUGUAGAUUGACGGUGUGGUAGCGUAGAUUUUAUGUGCGAUAGGGAUUUCCGAUGGGGUGAUUUUAAAUCGAUUUGGGGAUUUUAUUUUUUAGGGUUUUUAAUCGUUAUGGGAGUUCGAUUGAGGGUUCAGUUACUCAUAUUCUUCCCUAAUUAUGUGCUAAUAAUUUGAUUUCUGUCACAGAUGGAUCCGGCAGAGGAGAGAAGACAUUCAAAGAGGCAACAGGAUCACAUAAACAUGCUAGGGUUCGUCAGCGAUUCAGAGUACGGGAUUCCCAAAAGGUGUCCAUGUGGUGGGAGAAUCAUCGAUGAGGUACGCCGGAAGGACGAGUACGACUCUCUUCCGGGGAAGCGGUUCUUCACAUGCAAGAACUACGAGGUAAGUUUGAUCUUAAACGCUUUGAUUAUCGUUUAUGGGUUUGCAAAUUGUAGAGUGUCUGAUAUUUGUUUUUGGUGUAACCAAGGCUGAUGGAUUCCACUAUCGUCAGCCUUGGGUGAUAGGUGUGCAGGAGGAGAUCGAAAGGUUGACUAAGCGGGUGGUGGAGGCUGAAGAAGUGAUGUUGGGGUCGUCGAAUCUCUGUAAACUGAUCGACAGACUGGAGGUUAGUGAUAACACAUUUUCAAUACUUGUGUGGUAUGUUUUGCGUGACUAACACUUUUUGUUUGAUGUUUACAUGUCCAGGAUCAGGUUAAAAUGCUCUCUGAGCAGGUAGAUGACCUCACCGUUCAGGUUGCUACGUUGGAGAAGGUCUGCUUCGAAUGAAACCGAAGGUCAGAGAGUGCAGGUCACGGGUUGGAGUGAAGGUGUUGGAGUUGAUCAGUCGGUAAAGUUUGAAGCCUAGUUUUUUUUUUUAAUGUUGCGGGUAGUUGGACUGUAGUCCAUCUUUGGUCACGGGAAAGUGUAGUGUUUUGUUUCUUGCUACACUUUUUUCAUUCACGGAUUGACUUAGUAUGUUUUGUGUCAGUCACAACUUGAUUCACGGAUUAUGUAUUAUCGUUUCAAACUCUCUAUAUAUGUUUGCAUUGUAUCAUUAUAUGAAAUAGCACUUCUCUCACUUAUUACUCUCUAUCAAGUUGAUUCUCUUAUAGCACUUCUCUUUGUAUUGACUGAGAUAAGAAUGUUUAGUUGUAAAUGGUAAAAAGUCGAGAUCAUUCAACUGAUUCCCAUUUAGUACCAGUUCUGAAGGAAGCCGACACAUUCAAGUGAUUCCCAUCUCGCUGCAAGCCGACACAUUCAAGUGAUUCCCACAACAAGGUAUAAUAUACAACUUAGUAAAGAUUAUGAAAAUAAAAGAUUAUGAAAAUAAAAGAUUAUAGAGUAAUAAUGAUAGAGUAAUGUAUAAAAUAGAUUAUAGAGUAAUAAUGCUAGAGUAAUGUAUUAAUUAUGACAACUUUUAUUAUUAAUAAGAAAACUUUUGUCAUGUUAGGAAAAUAAACACCAAUGUCUUCCUCAUCAAGUGAUGAAGUUGAUGAAGCUUUAGAAGAAAUUGUCGACCAAGUAGUUGAUAAUUUCUUCGACUCAGUGAUUCAUGCUCAUCCCAACAAGCCGACGAGAAGAGCUUAUAUCGAAAGACAUCGGGAACAAGGACACAAUCAACUAUGGAACGAUUAUUUCACGGAAAAUCCUACAUACCCACCGGAAAUGUUUAGGAGGCGUUUUCGAAUGAACAAGCCAUUGUUCCUUCGCAUUGUCGAACGUCUAACUAAUGAAGUUCCAUACUUUCAGCAAAGACGAAAUGCUUGCGGAAGGAACGGGCUUUCUGCACUUCAAAAGUGUACGGCAGCUAUACGUAUGCUGGCAUAUGGUCAAUCGGGAGAUACAUAUGACGAAUAUCUCCGACUUGGUGACAGUACAUCACGUUUAUGUUUAGAAAAUUUCACUAAUGCAAUAAUUGAUUUGUUUGGAGAUGAGUAUCUACGAAGCCCUACACCUGAGGAUCUUCAACGAUUACUCGAUGUCGGAGAGGUACGCGGGUUUCCAGGGAUGAUAGGCAGCAUCGAUUGUAUGCAUUGGGAGUGGAAAAACUGCCCAACAGCUUGGAAAGGUCAGUACACACGUGGUUCAGGAAAGCCGACAAUUGUCUUAGAAGCCGUGGCAUCACAGGAUCUUUGGAUAUGGCACGCUUUUUUCGGAUUACCAGGUACCCUCAACGAUAUCAAUGUUCUUGAUCGGUCACCAGUUUUUGAUGACAUCUUACAAGGUCGAGCACCUAAAGUGAAGUUCAAGGUCAACAACCACACUUAUCGUAUGGCCUACUACCUUACGGACGGAAUUUAUCCAAAAUGGGCAACAUUUAUCCAAUCCAUCCCACUUCCUCAAGGUCCUAAAGCUGAGCUAUUUGCUGAACGUCAAGAAUCCACCAGAAAAGAUGUCGAACGGGCUUUUGGAGUAUUGCAAUCGAGGUUUGCAAUUGUUAAAAACCCAGCUCUACUAUGGGACAAGGAAAAGAUAGGAAAGAUUAUGAGAACUUGUGUCAUAUUGCACAAUAUGAUAGUAGAGAACGAACGACACGGAUACGCUCAAAUUGAUACAUCUGAGUUCGAGUCAGGAGAGUCAAGCAGAAGUUCGAGGGUGCAACGGAGAGAAAGUAUUCAUGGCGGUGAUAUGUUAGGCAUUCGCAGAGAAGUCCGAGAUAAAGAGAAGCAUGAUCGUUUGAAAGCGGAUUUAAUGGAAAAUAUAUGGCAAAAGUUUGGUAAUGAAGAUUAAUAAUGUUUUUAUGUUCUUCUAUUUCUCAAUUUAUGUAAUCUACUCUUAUGUAUUGAAUAAAAAGUUUUAAAAUAUUUAUAAUAUAUUUUAAUAUUUUAUUUAUGUAUUCUCAAUAAUUUGAAAUUUUCUUUUUUUUUAUUUAUAUUAUUAUUUUAUUCCUAUGAACUCCUUCUUCGGGUUCACUAAUGCAGAAAACAACAAAUACAGGUUCAUAACUAUUUAUGGCCCCACAAAAAAAUAUUAAAAAAAUUGGGUGAACCCCAAAGGGGGGUUCACCAAUGCUCAUGCUCUGAAGGUCCGAGAUUCACAACGGAACCAUAAAGGUGCUUAGAUACGAGGCUGUAGAGCUAGAAUUUGUAAGGCGCAACUGCAUUUGUUGGUUUUUACAGCAGUAUUUAAGAGAUCUCCUCAGCCAGAUCCACCUUCACAAGUGAAUUGAUUUCCUUGGGUUUUAGCUACUUUGCAGUAUGUAAAAUAACCAAACUGUUGAGUAGUAUAUUGGUGCUAUAAGACCAUGUACAACAGUUUCAACGUCCAUUUUGUUAUCAGCACCCUGAUUUUUUCUUUUUAAAAUUCCAUAUUAGUUUUUUCAUUUCAUUUAUUCAACAUCCACUACAUUUUUUUUUGAUCAAACAUCCACUUCAUUUUAACCCUCUACACUAGUUUGUUUUGAAAAAUUCAACACCCUAACCCCUUAUUUUUAAUUUAUACUAGGUGACCGGCCCGCACCCUGUGCGGGCAUAAGAACAUGACCGGCCCGCACCCUGUGUUCUCUCUCGGUCCGUACCUCACGAGAGAGAACACAGUAACGUCAGUAUGAAGAGGCAGAUAUUGUGUGUAUGUAUAAUUGCAACGUCACAAAAUAUUUUGUGUGUUUACAAAGAUACUUUCAUUCAAAAAAUGGAAUAAAUAGUGUAUAGUUUUAGAAGUAACAGAUUUUAUAUUAUCAUUAAUUAGAAUUGUAUUGUAUAUGUUUCGUAAUUCUUUAUUUUAGGUGAAUAAUAUUAUUUUUCCA